UCUGUUGGCACGUAAGAAGUACCUACUCUGUGGUAGACAUUUAUAAGUUUAUCACGAAAUUAUUUCUGUUUUUAGAAAAAUAAUUAAAAUUUAUAUGAUUUUAUGUAUUAAAAACCAAUUAAAGUUAAGUGUAUUGGAGGCUUUUGCAAUAGGUAUUGCUUUUUUAGUAAUUUUAGCAUUUUAAAUAGAAUUUUCGUUCUAAGCAAACAAGUGCGGUUUUAAGUAAAUAAUAUUAAGUAAAUAGUGAAAACAAUGGAUAUACUACAUUGUCUUGAGCAAGAAGUAGCUGAAUUGAAGGACACCUUGCAGCAAAAAGAACGGGAACUUUACGAAAUCAAGCAAAAGUUAUUGCCGACAAAAUCAGCAGAGAAUGGCAAACAUAAUAGUGAAAACUCAACUAAAGUCCAGUUUGGAGAUACCCUACCUAAGUGGGCUAUUGAACGAUACAGCCGGCAGAUCCUCUUACCAGAUAUUGGGGUCCGAGGCCAAGAGAAGCUGAUGGCAGCCAGGGUUCUGAUAGUUGGUGCAGGAGGCUUGGGAUGUCCCUCUUCCGUCUACCUUGCUGGGGCGGGAAUAGGAGAAAUCGGCAUAGUGGACUACGACCAAGUGGAGCUGACGAACAUACACAGGCAAAUACUGCACAGUGAGAAAGAUCAGAACUUGAGUAAGGCGCAGUCCGCAGCUAAUAGCUUGAGAAGUAUAAACUCAAAAAUCAAAAUAACUCCGUACGAUUUCGACCUAAACCCCUCAAAUGCUUUGGAAGUAGCAAAGAACUACGAUUUGAUACUAGAUUGUACAGAUAAUGUACCCACAAGAUACAUGCUCAGUGACGUCAGCGUUCUGAGCAAGAUACCUCUGAUAUCUGGGAGUGCUUUGAAGAUGGAGGGACAACUGACUAUAUAUGGGUAUAGGGCCAAAAAUAAUACAAGUGAAGAGGAAAAAUCCUACAUAGGUCCAUGCUACAGAUGCCUAUUUCCAACCCCUCCACCUCCAGAGGCGGUGGGUAGUUGCUCUGCCAACGGCGUCGCGGGACCCGUACCUGGCGUUAUAGGAGCAUUACAAGCUUUGGAAGCUAUAAAACUAAUAGUGGGACAAACGCACAAAAACUUAUUGGUCGAGAGAAUGUUACUAUUUGAUGGUGAUGAUACCACUUUUACAACUGUGAAACUACGUCCAAGAAAUCCUGAAUGUGAGAUUUGUUCGGAUUCACCAAAAAUAACGACAUUACUUGACUAUGAAGUGUUAUGUAAAAGCAAAGCCAAGGGAAAGGAUCGAAAUCUGCACAUUCUACCAAUAGAAAAUCGAAUCUCAGCGAAGGAUCUAGCGAAAAGUCUUGAUGCGAAAGAGAGCCAUCUAUUGGUGGACGUGCGCAGCGAAUCAGAGUUUAAUAUGUGCAACAUAGGUGGCGCUGUCAACUAUCCUUUGGAGAAGAUGAAUCAAAACCAGUUUGACGAGUUAUUGGAGAAGAUUAGAGAGUGCACAAGUUAUGUAACAUUCAUAUGUAGAAGAGGCAACGACUCUCAAAUUGCAGCCAAGAGAGUGUUGGAUGUCCUUGAAGAAAACCAACGCAGCCGGGUCAAAGACUUGAGUGGAGGCCUGCACGCCUGGUCCGCACACGUUGAUAAUGAGUUUCCAGUUUAUUAGUGGUUUUAGGGGAUUUAGUAGUGGUUUUAGUGGAAUUAGAUGGUUUUAUACUGUUUGAUGAUGUAAAAAUUUUGGUUUCCAAUAAAUUGCUACCUGAA